AUGGCCGGGUCAAACUUCAGCGUGUCAGACGCCGCUAACUGCACAGACCUGUAUUACCAUCGCUCCACGGCUCGCGUGCUCAUGCCCCUGGCCUACGCCAUCGUGAGUCCGCUGGGUUUGUUGGGAAACGCCUUGGCGCUGCACGUCAUCCUCUCCAACAGGGCCAAAAUCAACUCCACCACGCUCUACUCCGCCAACCUGGUGGUGUCCGACAUCCUCUUCUCGCUCUCCCUGCCCCUCCGGGCCGUCUACUACGGCCUGGGCUUCCAUUGGCCGAUGGGCGAGACCCUGUGCAAGAUCACGGCCUUGCUCUUCUACGUCAACACCUACUCCGGCGUCAACUUCAUGACCUGCCUGGCGGUGGAUCGCUUUGUGGCCAUCGUGCUCCCUUUGCGGCUCUCCAAGCUCAGGAAGGUGAAGAACGUGAGGUACGUCUGCCUGGCGGUGUGGCUGGUGGUUCUGGCGCAGACGCUGCCUCUUCUGGGCAUGCCCAUGACGCACAGGGAGCCCGACGGCACCGUCACUUGCAUGGAGUAUCCCAACUUCGAGAGACACGUGGAGGGUUUGCCCUACAUGCUUAUCGGGGCCGUCGUCCUCGGGUACGGGAUACCCGUCAUGACCAUCCUGGGGUGCUACUCGUUGCUGGUCUUCAGGCUACGGCUCGCCGAGAAGGGCAACCAGCUCACGGAGCGCUCCGGGAGGAGCCGGAAAGCCAUGGGGGUGAUCGCGGGCGUCGUGUUGGUGUUCCUGGUGUGUUUCAGCCCUUACCACCUGGACAUUCUGCAGUUCAUGGUCCGGAAGCUCUUCUACGAGACCAGCUGCGAUGAGCUCCGGGCCUUUCAGGUGUCCCUGCACGUCACCGUGUGCCUCAUGAACCUCAACGCCUGCCUGGAUCCCUUCGUCUACUUUUUCGCUUGCAAGGGCUACAAGAAAAAAAUACUGCAGAUGAUGAAGCUGCAGAUGAGCACCUCCUUCUCCAGUGCCGGAAGGACUUCCCACGACAGCUCCUGUCCCCGGGACGCCCGCGGUGGCGACGGUCGGCAUUCCACCCGCGUGCACUUGAACAGCAUCAAGAACAGCCCCUGA